UAAUUGGCGUGAUCCACUGCCUGGUUCCGCUGGGUGGAACCACCACAGCUACAACGGCUGGUCUCUCCUCACACCCAAGCCAAGACAGCCCCGAAUGUGCCUUCGAGCAGGCUAUUUAAGGUCUGCUCUCCCACUGGCCCUCAGGUGCUCUGCAUGAAGUUGAUUGACAAGGGCCGGGUUGCCAUACUAUGUUGAUUGAAGUGUGCCGUUAACACUAACGUACAACAACCCUUAAUCUUGAAUAAAAAUGUUUUUUUAAUUUGUAUUUGAGGAAGCUGUUUUAAAGGUGUUAUAUAUAUUUUAAAGAUGAUCAUGAACGUGAAGUUUGUUGUUUUCUAUCACUUUUAAACUUUCAGUUUAAUCUUUCAUGCUUUUUUCAAGGAUAUGACUAUAUUCUUUGUUUUUUCUAAAAUGUUUUUUUUCUUUCUUUGCAUCCUUUCUGCAUGGCUCUGCAUCAAAUUGCUUCCUGUCUGUGCCCAGGUCGAGCCCUCAGGGUUUCAGAAUGACCCCUGUGGACUCUGGAAUGGGAGUAGAGGACUGGGAAAAGAGGUACAAGGUACCUGAUUCAGGGGUCUUGGAUGAUUACUUAGAUGAUGAGCAGAAAAAGUGGGAGGAUGACGACAAAAGCAUUAUCUACCACAUCAACAACAGCCGUAGUGAGUCCAAAGGGAGCAGGUUUUAUCAGACUGUAGAGUGUGACAUGUCACCAAAGGAUCCAGAAGACUGCUUUUAUGACACAAGUCUACCUGGUGGAAGGACAGCUGCGUUUGGCAGUGGAGAAGUACGGUUGGUGAACAGGGAGGCUGGCAGUUUUGAGGACGAAUCUUCCCCUCCGGAAAUUGACAUAAUUCCCUCGGUCAAACAGCAACGACGACAAGCUGCCGGAGACGGCCUGCUGUACAAUACCAGGCUAUGGGCCAAGACGGCACUGGAGGGAACGCUUGAGAGCUACGCUGCCUUUCAGAGGGAGGAGGUUGCCAGGGAGGAGGCUCACAGGGCCAGGAGCGAGUAUGGCUCCAUCAGUUCAGACGAGAUGCGGUACUCGUUUGGAUCUGAGGAGGAGCUGGACGAUCUGACGUUUAUUGACGGUGAUGUUACAUUUGAGUACGAAAAUUACUACUAUCCAGAAGGAUAUGUUGGUCAAGAAUAUUGGGGUGAGGGGAGAACAGGCCAUGGAGAAGAAAAUGUGCUGUCCAUGGAGGGAGAGGAGGAAGGGAUUGAGGAACCCAUAGAUGAAUACAUAGAUGCGAUGGGAGAGCUAGAGAACUUGGUUCACUCAGUGUCUGAAUACCUGGCAGUUAAAGAGGAGGAAAUAAACAACUAUGAGUCUCUGCCUAAACCCAUAAGAAGAAAACUCCCAGAAUUACCAAUGGAGGUCAAAGCUGAUGCACUAAAUGCUACACCAGAGGAAGAACUGGAAGAGGAGGAAGAAGCUAAAAGCAAUGAACAGGAAACACAUGAAGAGGAAGAGGUCAAAGUGAAGGAGGAGAGUACUGUUGAACAAGGCAUAGCGGGGGUAAAAAAUGCCAUGAGCUCUAUAUUCAGCACGAUGACAUGUUCAAAGCCUACUGCUGAGCUUCCAGAAGCAUCGAGCACAUCUCCAUCUACUCCUCCUGUGCCACAUCAACCAGAUUCUGGCAUUUCAAAACUACUCUCCUUCAUUUCUAAGCCAAGCGGUGAGGCUACAGAGGGCGCUGUUACAGAAACAAAUUCCUCUCAAGUUCCGUCGACAACCGAGAACGGCCUCUCAAAGCUUCUUUCGUUUAUUCCCAAAUCUGGAGGCUUUAGCCCUCCUGUUGCCAUAGUACCUCCUGCCCCCCAAGAGCCUAUGCCUGAAAAGAAGUUCACUCUUCAGUCCUUCUUGCCUUUUCAUUCCUCUGAUUCUAGUCGUCCAGCUGAAGCUGGCCAAAGCUCACAAGGCAGUGAUUCCACCUCAAACCAACCAACCUCAGUGGUUGACUCUGUAUUAGGAAGGCUCAGUCCCAUGAGGCUUUUCUCUAGUGCUCCUACUUCCCGGGAAUCAUCCCCCCAGCCUGGAGAGCAAAGAAGUUCUUCUGCCGCAAGUGUUGAAUCCAGGCAAGAGUCUUUAGAUAGAGGCAGGAGUAUUAGGAGGUCAGCCUCACAUGCAGAUCAACAGCUAUCUGGGGAAGGGAGUGGGUCUGUGGAACUCCUGCCAGGAUCAGGGAAUGGUUCGGUCGAUCUUCUACCAGGUUCUGGGAGUGGUUCGGUUGAUCUUCUCCCAGGUUCAGGGAGCGGUUCGGUGGAUCUUCUACCAGGUUCAGGGAGUGGUUCGGUGGAUCUUCUACCAGGUUCAGGGAGUGGUUCAGUGGAGCUCCUUCCUGAUAUCGAGUCAUCUGGUGAGUUACCUGAAAUUCAACAAAGAAAGAGUACAGCAGUUUCUGAACCAAAGCCAGAAAGUAGCACAGAGGACACAGGAUUCUUCAGCCCUUUCAAAAAAUCACUGUCCGCCCUCAUAUCAAACUCCGGUGAAUCCUCUCAGCAGGUAGAAGCAAAAUCUGCAGAUGAAUCAUUUUUAGGCAACAAGCUAAAAAUGUUCUCAUCUGAAAAAGUCUCUGCACAGGCACCCAAGGUCGAAGGCGGCAUGUUCUCUGGGAUACUUAAGUUUGCCUCUGGGGAAGAUAAUACCAAAAUCACCUCACCCAGCCCAGCUAGAACUGCGCCUCCGAGUCGUUCUGUACUCCUUGAAGGUGUCCCCAAAGGGCAUGCAGACACAGGAUGGUUCUCUAACCUCUUCAAGGUGGCCCCAUCAGAUUCAGACCAGCAGCCAAUACAAUCACACGUCCCUCCCACUGUCACGUUGACCGAGCCCAGCGGUCAAACUGAGCCAAACACUGAGCCAAACACUGAGCCAAACGCUGAGCCAAACACCCCUGAAGAUUUGAAUGAAACUGAAUCAAUACCAAAAGGGCAAAUAAUUCCUGAUGGAACAAGCCAGUGUCAUACUGAUGCCAAUAUAGAUGCCUUGUCUAAAGAUCAUAACCCAGAAGCAGUUAAAUCUCCACCAGAACAACAAGGUUUGCUCUCUGGGCUGUUAAAACUUGGAUCAACAGAAGGCGUUAAGGCAGGUGGAAAUGCCCAGGGUGCGGCAAGUCAGCCUCAGCAGAGUGGGCUUCUCUCUGGGUUAUUUUCCUCCAAUCCACAAACUUCCCCCCAGGCUCAACAGGGCUCAGAAGGGGGAUUUCUGUCUGGCUUCUUAAAAAGGGCCACAGACACAGUUGCUGGGCCCCAACCCCCCCCUUCCAAGCCAGGGUCUAAUCCAUCCGAUCAGAAUGCUCACAAGGAAGGUCCUGGGCAGAGAUCAACUCAAGUUGAUGCACCUCCAUCACAGAAAGGAGACACUUCUAAUGUAUUACAUAAUUAUGAAAUAUGUUCUUCGGACGAAGGAUCACAAAAACCAGCAACCCCUGAACUACAGUCAAAUCAAAAGCAAUUUUCAAAUGUGGAAGCAACACCACCAUCCGGGGGCUUCUUUGGAGGUUUAUUCAAAGGCCCACAGGUAUUAACCCAGCAAAGUGCUCCAGGUGUACAAACCAAUCAACCGACCAGUGUCUUAUCUGGACUCUUUAAUAAGAUGGUGGAACCUUCUCUUGCCUCAUCCCAGCCACAAUCAGGCCCUAGCAGUCAAAGGUCAAGCCAAGGACCAAAGCAGCCUCAGGAAGGAGGGAUUUUAUCUGGGUUGUUUGGGAAUAGUGGACCAGACACUUCUGUAAACCAUGCCCCUCCUCGACCGCACCAAGUCAGUGGCCCCCCAAGCAACCAAGCUAACCAGCAAUCAGGAAGCCAGCAAAAUCUACUCAGUCAAAAGCCAAUUCCAGCACAGCAGCCAACUGCAGAUACCGGAGGCCUGCUUUCUGGACUGUUCAACAGAAUGUCAGAUUCCCCUCAGCCACAUGAAAGUCAAACAGCACGAGCACAUAUGAUAAGGCCAGGUCAGAGUGCACCUCAACAACCAUUGAAUCCACAAGGGGGUCUGCACUCGGGGGAAAAGCAGCCUCAGGAAGGAGGGUUUUUAUCUGGUUUAUUUGGGAGUAUUGCACCAGAUGCUUCUGUAAACCCAGCCCAUCCACGACCGCAACAAGACAGUGGUCCCCCAAGCAACCAAGCUAACCAGCAAUCAGGAAGCCGGCAAAAUCUACUCAGACAAAAGCCAAUCCCAGCACAGCAGCCGCCCGCAAGUCCUGGAGGCCUACUUUCUGGAAUGUUUAACAGAAUAGCAGAUUCCCCUCAGCCACCUGAAAGUCAACCAGCACAGGAACAUAUCAUGAGGCCGGUUCAAAGUGCACCUCAACAACCAUUGAAUCAACAAGGGGGUUUCCUCUCAGGGUUGUUUUCAAUGGGGCCUACGCCUCCAGCACAGCAGCAGAACCCUGACAAUAAACCAAACCAGCAACAAACUCACCAAGGUAACAGACAACCUUUACAAAGACAAAAUCAGAUACCUCCACAAUCAGCUGCGUCUGUUUCUGAGUCACAGCAGGGUGGACUGCUGUCAGGGAUUUUCAGCAAGUUAACACCUUCUGAAAAUUCACCCCAACAAUCCACUCCCAAGACUGGCCCUCAAGUUAAUAAGACCAAUACACCAAGCGUACAAGCUCAAUCUGAAGUUCAACGAGAACCCCUUUCCAGCAAUCAAGGCGGAUUCCUGUCUGGACUAUUUAGUCAGACUUCUCCACAACAGGCAACAACUAAUCAACAAACCAAUCAAAGUGGCGGCUUGCUUUCAGGUUUCCUUAAGCUUGCAUUGAAUGAAAACGAAUCACAACCAACCCAGACAGGACAGAAACCUGUCAAACAAGGACAGGCACCCCCGAAAGCUGAAUCUGGUGGAAUUCUGUCUGGACUGUUAAGUAAAAUUUCAACAACCGAAGAAGAUCCAUCACCAACUAUUGGGCAGAAGCCCCAGUUUGCAAUUCCACAGCAGCAGGCUCAUGCAGAAGAGGGGCGCCCACAGAUUCAGAGAACCAGACCAGUGGAGUCGCAGUCCUCCCAGGACGUCACAGCGAACAAAGAUUCAAAGAAUUUACCACAGAAAGGGUUUCUCUCAGGUCGGUUUAAUGCUUCAGAUGAGACGUCAAAAUCGAAGGCACCAAUUGUCCAGCCUUGCAAAGAGGAGCUGAAAACCAGUAUAAGUAGUACAUCAAAUAGCACAACUCCUGGUUUGUUAUCCAACAUUAUCAAAUCAGGAAACAACAGUGAUGGCAAUAAUCUGGCAACUGCUGAUACAGAAAAGGGUCUGCUCAGUCGUUUUUUAUCAAAAGGUAGAGAAAAUGUCCUUACGAAUGCUACUACAGCCACCAGUGAAACAACAUGUAUACUUGAUAAAGCACAUCAAUCCUCAAACAUUUUGCAAGAUCCCACUAUCCCCCCAACACAGCGCUACCUUGAAGAAAUUCACCGGCUAUUGUAUGGCACUGCAGAGGAGUACGGCUACCAGGAUCUUUUAUACAACUUUGCAGAGCAUGGUGUUAUUCCACCAGAACUAUAUGAGCAUCAGUGUCUCAUAGAGGCCCUCCUUUGGCAGCAGCUGAAUGACUAUGCCCUUGCUGAAGCUGUUGAGGCUCGGGCUAAUGAGGGCUACCAGGUUAGCCAAGAAUACAUGCCCCCAACGAUUGUUGAGCCUGUUUGGCAGAAUCCUGGAUGGCUUGAUCCAAAACAAAUUGACACCAGUCAAUUCAAGAUACCCUCACACCCCUGGAGAUUUUCAGCUUCCCAAAUGUUUGACACCAGAAAUGGCUUUCUGGAACCCGAUGAAGACCUUGUUUUGUUUGACAUGAGUGUCAGUGACCGAAAGUCGUGGAGCAGCUGUGACCACUUAAAUGAUCUUGAUAAAAACAGAAAACCCUGGAUAGUUAGUGCUGUAAACCUUUCCACAACGAAGACCAGAACAAAGCUUAGUAGGUGCCAAUCUCUUAAUGACUGUGUCAUCCCCGAUGUCAGCAGCGUUGUUGAUAAAAGGGACAAUAAUUAUUUUGUAACAGAUAAAAAGGAAAUAAAUCUCCAUUCUGCUACAGAGUUUCUAAAACGUCUUGCAGGCAAAAGGGGCCCAGUGGAUUUGACACAUGGUGCUGUGGACUUAAGUCAGACCAAAGAAAUGGCAGAAGAUGAAGAUCUUUUUGAGGACCAGGAAUGGUAUCAACAGUGGAUCUCUCUAUUGGACCAAGGCAUGUGGUGGCCAGCUGAUGAAGGAGAUUGUGGGUAUUAUGUUUACACAGAUGAAGAAUAUAUUUAUUCAUUAUUGACCGACAAAGCUGGAAAACACCUCUAUACUUGCGCCACUCCAGAAGAUAUGCUUGUUCUUGGAAAUAUCACAGAAAACAUUGCUAAUGCUUUGAAACAUAAAGAAGGUAAAGUUACCCUUUGUGGUUUCAAAAUACCACUUAGUAAUGAGGAUGAUGGUUUUUGGAUUCCUGACCAACAGCAGAAUACCCAACUCCUUGGUGCUCCUGUGGAUCUAACCUCAGCCUUAAGAAAAGGCGACAAAAUAAUGAACAUGAAUUUAGAUAGUUUCUCGCAAAUGUUUCAAGAAUCCAUAUCUUCCCAAUUGCAACAGCCUGUAGAUUUUACUUGUUACACUUUGAAAAAGAUUAAAAUAGAAGAAGUACAAAAUGGGUAUAGUGAAGUACAAAAUGGGAAUAGUGAAGCACAAAAUGGGAAUAGUGAAGUACAAAAUGGGUAUUUUGAGGAGAAAUUGGAUGCUGCUGAUCUGACGCUGAAAAAACUUAAAGAGAGUCAAAUAGGUCCAUACUGGAAAAGUCAAAGAAAUAAAGACAUCAUCAGUCCUUCAUCCACAACUCCUAGGGCCUCCCCAUGUUCUUACAAACAGCACGUUUCUGCAAUACCUGAGAUAAGAAUCCGACAUGUAGAUGAGAACCCUGAAAACAUGCCCAUAAAUAAUUCAAGUUUCAUAGUUUCGGCAGUUACCUCAAAUACACCAAAAUCUGUACCCUUCAACGUUUCAGAGGGCAUCAAGGCUACUAAAAAUCUCCAGGAGCCCAGAAUAGCCUCCAAAAUUCCUGUGACUGCACCAUCUGGAAGUAAACUUCAAGGUACACAAACAGAUUGUAAAACUCAAUUGAACCCCCCAAUGAAGACACCUUCUAGUAAGGUUCUACCCAGUGCAUGUGCUGGUUCACCACGUGUUACACCACAGAGGGUUCAGCUCACAAGACAACCAUCCCAGAGUUAUCCACAGAUGCCACAAGCACCAAUGGCCUCUGUACUCUCUACAUCAACAGCAAACCAACAGUCUCCCUCCACUUCUGAGAAGCCACAGAGUCCGCCUCAGAAACGAAAGCCGCAAUUCCAUAUUCUUAACGCCCCCUCUUUGACGCCUUAUAAUGGAUGCUCCCGCAAUAGAGUUGAGUACAGCAGUGCUCCCCCCGACUCACUGCUGGGAAAUAGAGCUCUUGAUUGUUCUGCAAGCACCAAUAAAGAGAAAAAAAUAAAAGCCAAAGAAGCAUCACCUGCUAUUCCACAAUGUACAGACACAACAAAGGACCAAGUGGUAGAUUUUACAAAGUACAAAUGUAAAAGAAUCAAGGAAAGGAAGCAGAUGGAAGCUGAGGCCCAAAGUGGUGGGACUGACAACGAUCGACUGCAAGGUAUAAAUCUGACAAAGAAGGUUGAGGAAGAAGAUGCUGAAGUGUCUGAUUUGGAAUACCCUGGUAUAUUAUCCCGAGGACAGCCCAACUGUUCAAUAUCCAGAGAUAUCUGCCCUCAAAUUACCAUUGAAAAUAUAUCAUCAAGAGUGCAAUGCCAAACACCCACCUUGCCCCACAGGACUUCUCUUUCCAAUGGGACUAAUCAAAUAGGCCACAGAACAUUGGUCCCCGGCGCAGUGGACACUCCCCCCAGACCGUCCCCAACUCAUUCUGACAGGUCAGAACGUCCAAUUAUAGGGAAAGUUCCUAGUUCACUUGUUGAUUCUGUCAAUGCUGGGGCCAAUCGAGAUAGAGCCAUCCAGAAACAAUCCCAACCUAAUUUUCCUUUAGUAACCUCUCUCAGACCACAGGUAGAAAUUGACAGGCAAAAUGUAAAAUCCUCCCCUGCAUUACAAACCCAGCCAAUUCACUCUGUGCUUGAAACAAAACCAGUUAGAAAGACAGUUAGUGAUGGAUAUCCUGUGGAAAGCAGGAAGAUCGUUUCUGCCCAGGCCCCUUCUGUGACCAGUCGGGAGGUCACAACACCAGCAAAUUUAGUUAAAUCCACAUUAGACAUGUCUAUGAAAGCUCCACCACGCCAGCCACAACAAACAAUGGCUCUUUCCCAUGAUCUGAAUAGCCAUGCACUGUCGUUAAAAAAUAAACCAUUAAACCUUGAAGGAGAAGAUACAUCGCUGAGAGGGCAAUGCCAAACCCCCACCUUGCCCCACAGGGCUUCUCUUUCAAAUGACGGUAGCCAAAACGGACACAGAAUACUGGUCAGCAGUGCAGUGGACACGCCCCCCAGACAGUCGCCAACUCAUUCUGACAGGUCAGAAAGUCCAAUUAUAGGAAAUGUUCCUGUUUCACUGGUUGAUUCUGUCAAUGCUGGGGGCAAUCACAAUGGAGUUUUCCGGCAACAACCCCCAUCUAAUUUGCCUUUAGUAACCUCUGUCAGGGAAGAGGUAAAAAUUUACCGGCAAAAUUUCAAAUCCUCACCUGCAUUACAAAUGGAGCCAGUUCACUCUGUGACCAGUGGAUCUUUUAAAAAACAACAGGAGGUCACAACACCAGCAAGUCUAUUUAAAUCCACAUUAGACAUGACUAAGAAAGCUCCUCCAAACCAGCCUCAACAAACAAUGGCUCAGUCCCAUGAUCUGAAUAGCAAUGCAUUGUCAUUAAAAACGAAACCAUUAAACCAUGAAGAUGCAAAGCAAAGGCCUAAAUGCCCUGGAUCAGUUGAUCUUAGAGCUGUACUAACCGAUAAACUGGGACCAACACAGGAAUAUCGUCAGACUGCAUCUGAUAAGUAUCCUCAGAUUUCCACAGCUAUAGUUGCAGAAGUCGGAGGCUCUGUACGAAGACAGCAAAUGAUGAAGGAUAAUUGGCGACAGCAGCUUACAAAUGAACAGACACUUUUACGGCACUCUACAGAGUCUUUGCCCAAUUUCAAGGAAUGUCUGCAGGCCACAGCACCAGCUAAUGCUGUCAAAGCCACAAUAGACAUGUCCUGUAGAUAUGCUGCCACCUUCGCUGAAGUACAUCCUAAAGAAACAACUAAUAAAAGCAUUGUCGAAGCUAUCCCACUUAUGAGGGGUAAGCUGAGUGCUCGUGAACUGGCCAGACGAGAUUCUGUUGGACUUCCAUUGGUUGUGGAUAUCCCUCCAGAAGACUUAUUUGCUUGUGAAGGUCAAAAAAUUGGCCAGGGGAGGUCUCUUACAAGUUUAAAACAUAUUGUAGAUGAUAAUCAAGGCCAAUCACAUGUCCAGCAAAAAUUGGAGCAAAGUUCAACAGUUGCACAGGUAGGGCAGCCAGCCUGUGAGAUCUUCCCCUUAACUUCAACCUAUCAGAAUGCAUGUGUCCCAGGAGCAUUAGAUAUGUCCACCAAGACAUCGAAAAUAUCCCAAGAACAUGUUGCAAAGUCAAGUGAAAUAGAAGCAGUUUCAUUUGUGAUUAAGCCAACGGUUCGAGCAGUUGCCAGAAAAGAUUCAGUUGGUGUUCCACUAGUAGUCAAAUCAAUUCCAAAUGAACAGUUGACAGAGAAGCAUACUGAAGCUCUGACAACAGAACAGCCUCAGCAAGCUACAGAUGGAUCAAAAGCCAGGAGUCAUAUUCUUCAUCAGCCUCUCUAUAGCUAUACCUUUGCAGGGGAUACUUAUGUUAAUGGAAGCAGGAUAAGUUUACAGCCUAUGACCCAGUCGUCUAUGACCCAGUCGUCGACAGAGAUUUCAGCCCCAGCUAACUCUGUGAAAGGUACCCUGGAUAUGUCUCCAAAGGUAAUAAAGCAAGAUAUGGUGCCAAUUGUCUCAGAUCCAAUGUCACUAGUAAGGACCAGACCAUCUGCCUCGGCCCGUGCUAUAAGAGACUCUGUUGGUGUUCCUUUGAUUGUUGAACAGACAUCAUCCGAAGCGCAGCAUAUAAGCCAACAGACACAGGCUAGUACCCAAUAUCAACAACAACACACAUCUUUCAGAGGUGUAUCUAUUGCUUUAUGUUCUCCUCUAUACAACCAAUCCUACCAAACAGUGUCAGCACCAGCCAAUUCCAUUAAAGGGCUUUUGGAUAUGUCUCCAAUACAACUGCAGAAAUCAGCAGAACAACCUGUGGAUCUGAACACUGUUGUACCACUAAUAAGGGACAGGCAAAGCCUACCAUGGAACAGCUCUGUAGGCCUAUCACUAGUAGUAGAGCCCACUCAGUCAAAGCCUCAGAUGCUAAAAAGAACCAUGUCGCUGCAGCCAACACAGGACAUCGGAACAGAAGAUCCCAUAUCAUCAGUUAUGACAAACAAGAAAUUGCAGCUCAACAGAUCAAAUAUACAUAAUGGCCCUCAGUCUCAUAACACACCCAUGGAUUUCUCUGCACAAGAAAUCCCCAAAGCAACCAGAGUUAUUGAUCAAUCAUACACUGAACAUGCAGCUGGAAUGCCUGUGGAUUUCACGACAAUGGCAAAACAGGAAAUUGAUGAUAGAAGACAAAGGGUCUUUUAUUCAAUGAAGAAAACCCGCCAAGAUAUAGUUGAUCUAACUGUGACCGUUCCAGACAGUAGAUGUGUUAUCCAUACUGAUGAAGCAGCAGAGGACUUUUCUACUCUUCACCUUGAGCACACAUCGACUCCUCCAGUAACCCAUUAUUUGUUGAGAGAAAAUAUAUUGCUUUCUUCAUAUCAGAAACCACAAUUAGCUGAGAAAGAUAGAAUUGCGAACCAUUUAGGUGAACAAUCUGCUCUACCAUCCAGGGGAAAUGCUGUACCACUGCCCAACUUAAAUGUUUCACGAACCCAGUCUGCUGCUCCUACUUCAAUGCCCGUUCACAUGGCAAGAGAGUCUCCCAUGCCUCCUACUCAGGAUACACAUGGCAGGAUAUCUGUAGUCGCACAAGAAAUUACUUACCAGCAGCUCAAUACUUCACAUGUCAUUGAAUCCCAAAACUUUCAAUAUCAGCCGUACCCAGGACAGCAAGCGGUCCAACAGUCUCAGCAGCAGCAGGCAAGUGCAGGGGUUGACUUCCUCCCAAAUAAUCAUGGUGCUCAACCAACACUCUUGCAACAAACUAGACUUGGCCCACAUUCCAUGCCCUCAAGACCAAUUCUCAUUAAACAGCCAACCCUUGAAAUAUUGGGAAGCAUUGAUGAAAGCAUAUUUGAGGUUGGAGAAAUGACUAGUCGUCAGCAUUCAAUAUCUACAUCUACAGCUCAACCAGAAAUGCUGCCCUAUUCCAGCACUCAGCCAGUGCAGGGUAGAUCUGUUUCACAUCCUCCUCAAUCUUGGAAUGUGCAGCAGAAGAGUGCCCCUCCAGUCGCUAUGGCUAACAGGGAACCUGAUCAAGUGCCAAUACAGUAUGUAUCAAGCAAAUGUCCUGUCAUGGUCCUACAUGCUGAUGGUACAAUUCAACCUGUGGUCUCAGAAAGAAGUGGCUUCACAACACAACCUCUAGCAUUGUUGGCCCAGAAUCUUGACAAACCAAGCAUAGAAAUGCAUUCCAGCCAAUCCUCAGCUGGGCCCGGUUCUGUCCAGAGUUUGGUAUCAAAGUUUAGUGGUUUAGCCGCAAAGGCCAGUUUCGCUACUAAACCUGCAGUUGUCAGACAACAACAAUCUCAAAAUGUAUCGACAACCGCUGAUCACAGAAUCCCUCAAACCGGCCCUGAAAUAUUAUUCGCUCCUGCCACGGAAUGCCCUGAGCAAACAACACCCUACACAACAUCUAAUGCCAGCCCAACAAGCAAGUCAAUGGGUAGGGAGUUGCCUAUUCUCACAGUGGAAAAACAGCUUCAAACCUUGGAAGACACAGAACAAGCUAUUUCAUCAAAGAUGCACUCUGCUAAUGUUAGGGAGGUGUUGUUUGGAGCAAAUGUACCACUGGAAAAAGUAGAUUCCCCUAGGCCAAUGUACAUUGCCAUUGGAAACUCAGAAACGCUACCAGUUGAACAAGGCUUUGAUCCCAGUGAGCGACCAUACAUUAGAUUACCACAUAUUUUUGUCUCUUCUGCUAGUUCACCAGAGGACGAAUUCCUGGAAAAUGAGCUGACAGGUUCAAGGAGUCCAGAGCAGUCUCCAGAUACAGUUUGUAACACAACUACAACUCCUGAAGUUGUGCUCCCUGACAGCAAAGACUCAGCACCAAUACAAGAUUUUAAGAGUACGAUAACCAAAGAGGUGUCAGAUGAUCUGAAAAAGCCUAUUUUAGUGGAGCAUUCCCAGGAAGAUGAACAUAAAUCUCACAUGUUGGAUGAUACUCAGCCUGAGGAUACUGAAGUAAAAUCUGAGAUCUCUUCAACUGCUGAACCUUGUACUGGUCAAUUAUACAAAGAACACUGCCAUGUUACUCAAGAAUUGACAGCUCCUGCUGAAACACAGGAAAAAGCUUUAGUUGGAGAAGAACUUGGUACUUUGGAAAAUAUGUCCAAAGAAGCCAUAUCUUCUGAUGAAGUUGAAAGACAAAUUGAACAAAGGCUUUUGGAUGGUAAAACUUUAGAGCAGCCUGAGGCACUGAAGUCUCCAGAUGAGUUGUCCAGUAAAGAAGUAUCUCCAAUUCUGUCUGAAGUUCAACCUAUUGAUGACAAAGCUGAUAAGGAUGUUCGAGAGUCAAGUCUUGUUAUAUCAUCUCAUCAGGAAUGCCUACCUAAGGAUGAGACAACAUCUGAAGUGGAUCAGCUAGAGCCAGAACCUCUUAAAGAACAACCAAGCAAAGGCUUAUUUUCAAUGUUUGGCAGUGCCACAGUAACAUCACAGCAAAACUCUUUGCAGACGGGAUCAUCAAUUCUUGGUGGCAUUCUUCCUGGUUCUUCUACCACAGAUACCCCUGGAGGAGGACUGCUCUCUAUGUUUGGUGGUUCAACUAUGCAGAAUUCACAGGAACUCAGUUCCCCAACACCAUCAGCCUCAGAGUCACAGGAGCCUCCUGGGAAGAGCUUUUUCUCCAUGUUCGGUGGAACGAGUGCUCCAACUACUCCUACUCCACUUGCCUCCCCUACUAAUACUAUUGCUGCUCAAGAACCUCCUCCACAAGAACCUACAGGAAAAGGUAUAUUUUCAAUGUUUGGUGGACCAUCCACACAACAGCCACCAAGUCCACAAGGGCCAGCUGGAGUUGAAGCCCCACCACCACAAGAACCUACAGGAAAAGGUAUAUUUUCAAUGUUUGGUGGACCUGCCACACAGCAGCCACCAAGUCCACAAGGGCCAGCUGGAGUUGAAGCCCCACCACCACAAGAACCUACAGGAAAAGGCAUAUUUUCAAUGUUUGGUGGACCUGCCACACACCAGCCACCAAGUUCACAAGGGCCAGCUGGGGUUGAAGCCCCACCAGCACAAGAACCUACAGGAAAAGGUAUAUUUUCAAUGUUUGGUGGACCUACCACACAGCAGCCACCAAGUCCACAAGGGCCAGCUGGUGUUGAAGCCCCACCACCACGAGAACCUACAGGGAAAGGUAUAUUUUCAAUGUUUGGAGGACCUACCACACAGCAGCCACCAAGUCCACAAGGGCCAGCUGGGGUUGAAGCCCCACCAAGGGGGUCUUCAUUAUUUGGCAGCAUCAUUCCAGGUUCAAACGCACCUAAAGAAUCUCCCGGGUCAGGGUUCUUUUCAAUGUUUGGAGGGCCCAGUACCCAGACCCCACAAAGAGGAGCUACACCAAGACCAAGAGGAGCUACGCCCGGACCUAGAGGAGCUAUGCCUGGAACCAGAGGACAUCCACCUGGACCGAGAGGAGCUACACCAGGACCAAGAGGAGCUACGCCCGACACUAGAGGCCAUCCACCUGGAAUGAGAGGAGCUAUACCAGGACCCAGAGGACAACAUCCUGGACCCUUAGUAACUACAUCAGCACCUGAGGCUGCACCACCUGGACCCAUAAUAACUACAUCAGGACCUGAGGCUGCACCACCUGGACCCAUAGUAACUACAUCAGGACCUGGGGCUGCACCACCUGGACCCAUAGUAACUACAUCAGGACCUGAGGCAUCUCCACCAGGACCCAUAGUAACUACAUCAGGACCGGAGGCUGCACCACCUGGACCCAUAGUAACUACAUCAGGACCUGAGGCUGCACCACCUGGACCCAUAGUAACUACAUCAGGACCUGAGGCUGCACCACCUGGACCCAUAGUAACUACAUCAGGACCUGAGGCUGCACCCCCUGGACCCAUAGUAACUACAUCAGGACCUGAGGCUGCACCACCUGGACCCAUAGUAACUACAUCAGGACUGGAGGCUGCACCACCUGGACCCAUAGUAACUACAUCAGGACCUGAGGCUGCACCACCUGGACCAAUAGGAGAUACAUCAGUAACUGGGGCUGCACCACCUGGACCAAUAGGAGCUACAUCACGACCUGAGGCCGCACCACCUGGACCCAUAGUAACUACAUCAGUAACUGGGGCUGCACCACUUGGACCAAUAGGAGCUACAUCAGGACCUGAGGCUGUCAAUGACUUUAAUAAAGUGCAAAUGUGUCAGCAAGAAAUUUCAGAUGAUGUAAAAGAUGAUAAAAUACCAGGUGUGGAAAUUAUACCUGAGCCCAAACUCACAAUAGAAGGGAAGCUCCAAACAGACAAUAGAGACUCAACUAUGGAAAUGAGCAUUAACGUUGUAGAGUGUACUGCUCUCCCAACUGGCAAACAGGAAAAGACGAUUGAGUUGCCUCACCCUCCGUCUACCGACCAUGUUGGACUGGAGCCAAAUGAGCAACAUGGGCCCUCAGAGGAAAUGGCCAAGUGUGUCACAUGGAAAACUGAAGAUGUCAGGGAAUUGGAAGGCAAAGUUGAACCCAAGGUAGAAGAAACAAAUGAAACUAAGGAAAUAUCUGAAAUAUCUAAAAUUGCUCUUACUCCUGAUGUCAUAAAAAUAGCUGAAAUGGAAAAGCCUCAGGAAGUCAAAGAAACUGUUGAAGUUCCAGAGGGAAUCCCAGAUGAUUUCAACAAAGCAUCAGGAUCAUAUGCGGUGGAAUCUGCUGUUGAGUCGGAGACACCCGAGAGAAAAGAAGAGAAGCCCACCGAUGAACCUAUGACCAUUGACAUCUCUUCACCACUGGCAGCUGUUGAACAGCUGGGCAAACCUACUGAGGAACCCUUGAUAGCAACUGGUGAUGCAGAAACAGAUGCCACCAAGGAUCAAACGGUGUCUGAAAUAGAAUCUAACACAUGUAGUCCUGAAAAAAACAACUCAGCUACUAGUAGUGCGGUCACUUCCCAAAGCAAACAUUUAGAUGUCUCUGUUUUGACAACAGACCUGGAGAAAGCAGUUAUCUCUCAGCCACCGGCUGAUGAUCCUCUAACUUGUCCUCCAAAAACUCCUUCAAGGGAAUCUACUGGACAUCCACCACAAAUUCAGCCACAAGGACAAGGUGUGGCUAGACUCCCUGCCUCACAAGGACCCAGAUUUGAAGGACCCAGAAUGGGCGGACCUAGAGUGCGAGGACCUAGAGGGGGAGGAACUGGUAUUGGAGGUCCUAGAAUGGCUGGUCCACAAUUGGCUGGUCCAAGGCAUCCAGUACCUCAGAAGUCCCCAGAACCGGCUCCAUUUUCAAACUUUAUGUCUAUGUUCUCUACCCCGAGUGCACCAAGCAAACCAGCCAAUACUGGUGGCUUUUUCUCAAGUUCCCCAGGUUCCUUCUUUGGAUCAGCACCUGCUCAGCCAAAGCAAGAACAGAAAAGUUCAUUAUUUGGCCUUUCAACCGGCCUUCCUACAGAGUCCCUUACAAGUGACCUGUUUGGUAUUUUCAAGGGACAAGAGGCCACAAAAUCAAGUGAAUCCCAGCCUCUUGAAACACAGGUUAGACAAGAUGACCACAAAGACAAAGAAAAUACAGAUAUUGAGAAUGCAUGUACAACUGAAGAGAAAAAUCCUGAAAUAACCCAAGAAUCUGAGGUUCCUGAAAAAGGCCUAAUCGAAAACGCAGAACGAGCAGACAAAACGGUGACACAAGAAGGUGAUGUUACUGAGCCGGUAGAAGAAGAUGCAGGCCAUGAAUCUGUUGGACUGUCCAUGGACUCCGAAGCUGGAGAAAAGCUGGCUCCAGAACCCAAGGCUGAUGUACCUUCAGCUCCAGGCCCCAAGGCUGAUGCACCUCCAGCUCCAGGACCCAAGGCUGAUGCACCUCCAGCUCCAGGACCCAAGGCUGAUGCACCUCCAGCUCCGGAACACAAAAGCAUGUUUGACAUUCCAAGGCUGACUGCUCCCAAGUUUGGCUUCAUGUCUGGAGCCACUGAUGGUGCUUCCUCCCUGGGUUCUCUUUUCUCCACCAGUCCUUCUCCAGUCCUUGCUGCAAAGACUCCACAGCCACCCCAGACAGAUGGCGGCCUCUUCACAGGGUUUAAAAACCUCUCCGCUGGAAUCUUCCAGGAAGAAAAACCUGCUGGGAAUGAGGACCCAUCAAACAGUUCAUCUGUGUUUGGAAUUAAACUCGGUUCUAUGUUCGGAGCCUCAGAUUCUUCGAAAGCUGAAGGAACGCCUCAAGUAGUCACUGGCCAACCUCAGAGUCCUAAACUGGCGGACGAGUUCGGCCAACUAGAGACAGAGGGAAUGUCUUCUGGUUCAGACGAGACGGGCAGUGCAGAUGUUAGUGACACAGAUGAGCCAACAGAAUCACCCAAAACGGGCUCAGCGUUGUCGGGAUUCCACUCCUUAUCCCUCGAGGAAGGUAUCGUCCCCUCAAGAUUUUCUGACGACCUUUUAGUCUCAUCUGCUCAAGUAACCAAGGAGGAGACCGCUGUCCACGACACAGAGGAGUUCAAGAAGGAGCCAGUUCAAAGUCAGGGAGACGGUCAUUUCAGCUCAUCAGGAAACCUCAGCCAGGCCAUCUCUCAGGUCAGUCCUGAGCACAUUGCUCACAGCCUGCCACCAUUGCCAGGGCAACCGGGGGGAGGAGAGGAAGAGGAUGCUGAGACGGCACAGCAUUCACAAGCUGGAUCCAACAAAAACCUGAAGGACUCCUCUGCCCUCUUGGUCGGUCGAGCCGUGGCUAUGUGUGAAACACCUCAGAUCAACGGCAGGUUUGAAGACAGUACUCUUCCCUGCUCCCUAUCCUGGGUGCGCUGGAUCAAGGCCUACAACAAAGUCAGGGUGCAGCUUUCUAAUAGCUGCAAUCAAGAUGGCACCGCCAGCAAACACCAACGGGCCAAGCCAAGUGUGCCAGUCCUUCAUAAGAGACGGCCCAUCCCGCUGUUCAGUGAAUUGGCUAUGUUGAUGAUCCAGUCUCGCAAAGAUGGAAUCGUAACUCACCCUCCAGACAAGGAUGAGCAGCUAAAGAUGCAUGUGUACAGGAAGACGCUACAGGCCUUGAUCUACCCCAUCUCCUGCACCACCCCCCAUCAGUUCCAGGUGUGGACGGCCACCGCGCCCACCUACUGCUACGAGUGUGAGGGCCUCCUCUGGGGCCUCGCACGCCAGGGCAUGCGGUGCACCGAGUGUGGGGUCAAAGUUCACGAGAAGUGCCAGGAACUGCUUAAUGCUGACUGCCUUCAAAGAGCGACAGAGAAGAGCUCCCUGAGUGGUUGUGAGGACCGGACGGAGCACAUCCUCACCGCCAUGAAGGACCGCAUGAAGAUCCGCGAGAGGAACAAGCCAGAGAUCUUCGACGAGAUCCGGAAGGUGUUUGGCGUCACCAAGCUGGUCCACUCUCAGAACAUGAAGACCACCAAGCAGAUUGUCUUGGAUGGAACGUCCAAGUGGUCGGCCAAGAUCACCGUCAACGUGGUGAGUGCACAGGGGCUGCAGGCUAAGGACAGGACUGGUUCCAGUGAUCCAUACGUCAGCCUGCAGAUCGGGAAGAACAAGAAGAGGACCAACACUGUCUACACCAAUCUGAACCCUGUCUGGGACCAGGCCUUCAGCUUUGAGUGUCACAACUCCUCAGACCGCAUGAAGCUGCGUGUUUGGGACGAGGACGAUGACAUCAAGUCCCGCAUGAAACAGCGUCUGAAGAGAGAGUCGGACGACUUCCUUGGCCAGACCAUCAUCGAGGUCCGCACGCUCAGCGGGGAGAUGGACAUCUGGUACAACCUGGAGAAGAGGACCGACCGGUCAGCCGUGUCUGGGGCGAUCCGUCUGCAGAUCAGCAUGGAGGUCGAUGGGGAGAAGACAGUGGCUCCGUACCACGAACAGUACACCUGUUUACAUGAGAGCAUUUUCCAGUACUCAACGUACGUGGAGGGCGGCGGCGUGGUGAAGGUCCCGGCCGCCCGCGGGGACGAUGCCUGGAAGGUGUACUUCGACGAGCUGCAGCAGGACAUCGUGGAUGAGUUCGCCAUGCGCUACGGCAUCGAGUCUAUCUACCAGGCCAUGACUCAGUUCUCCUGCCUCUCCUCUAAGUACAUGCUGUCAGGCCUUCCGGCUGUGAUGAGCACCCUGCUGGCCAACAUCAACGCCGUGUUCGCCCACCCCACCGCCUCCACCAACGCCACCGCACAAGACCGCUUCAUCGCCUCCAACUUUGGGAAGGACCGUUUUGUGAAGAUCAUCGACAAGCUCCACAAUUCCCUGCGUAUCGACCUCUCUAUGUACAAAAACAACUUCCCUUCCACCAGUAAGCCCCGCCUCCAGGACCUCAAGUCAACGGUGGACCUUCUGACCAGCAUCACGUUCUUCAGGCUGAAGGUUCUGGAGGUUCCCAGGCCCCCGCGGGCCUCUCAGGUGGUCAGGGACUGUGUGAAGGCCUGCCUCACCUCCACCUACGACUUCAUCUUCAACAACUGUGUGCAGCUUUACAACUCUCAGUUCCAGCCUAUACUCCCACCGCCUGAAAUAGAGACAAAGAAGGCCAUGGAGGAGACGGAGAAGGGAGAGGAGGAAGAGAGGGAGGGUCCCGAGGAGAAGAAGGAGGAGAAGGAGGAGAGCCCGCCUGCAGAGAAGGAACCCAGCAUCCAGAGCCUGGACUUCUGGCCCAAACUCAUCACCCUCAUCGUGUCCAUCAUCGAGGAGGACAAGACCUCCUACACACCCAUCAUAAACCAGUUUCCCCAGGAGCUGGAUGUUGGGAAGCUCAGCGCUGAGGUCCUGUGGAGCCUGUUUGCUCAGGAUAUGAAGUCAGCUCUUGAAGUUCUGGACGUCAACCAACCACACUGGAACAAUGCUCCAUCCACAUUCUGCAUCCGUAACAUUGAUUUCUACACUGACCACGAGCAGCAGCGGAGGUAUAGACCAGCAGACUACAUGAACCUGCUCUUCAAGGUGAAGUGGCUCCACUGCGAGUACGUCCAGGACCUCCCGGCCUUCGUCCUAGCCGUCCCACCAUGGCCUGUGUGGUUCCUACCAUUCGUCCUCGCCUGGUUGGCUGAGAACGAGGAAGUGUCCCUGGAGUUCAUGAGUGCAGCGCUGGAGAGAGACAAGCGAGAAGGGUUCCUGCAGACGUCUGAGCAUGCUCUGUUCUCCUGCUCGGUGGUGGACGUCUUCACUCAACUCAACCAAAGCUUUGAGAUCAUCAAGAAGCUGGAGUGCCCAGACCCCGAUGUGCUCGCACAAUUCAGCACACGCUUUGCAAAGACCAUCAGCAGGGUUCUGCUGCAGUACUGUUCGGUGUUGAGUAAGAGCUUCACCUCCUUCUGUCAGAAGGAGAAGACUCCCUGCAUUCUAAUGAACAAUGUCCAGCAGAUGAGGGUGUUGUUGGAGAGAAUGUUUGAGUCUAUGGGAGCCAAGCAGCUGACUGUGGAAGAGGAAAAGCUUGAGGGGCAGGAGGAGGAGGAGGAAGAGCCUGAGGAGGUUGAGGAGGAGGCUGGAAGUGAAGCAGAGAAUGACAUGUCUGGUUGCUCAGACUCAGAGGGAUCAGAGUGUGACAAUAAGGAAAAGGAGGAAAAGAUGGACAAUGAAAAGUCUGAGUUGAAGAAAGAGAAGGGAGAAAAGUCUGAAAGGGAGAAGCAGACCGAAGAUAUAGACUCUAUCAAGAAGCUCGACACAGAGGAAGCUACCAUCCUUUAUGAGCUGCAGUUGAAUCUGAGCUCCGUCCUGGAUAAUUUAAGUGUCAUGUUUGGAACGAGUUUCCUGGCCCGCCUAAAUGGCUGUAUGCGUCAGAUGGCUGAGAUCCUGAGCCAGAUGAAGGGCCAGCCCAACCCCAACACGGCCGAGGCUGAUGCAGACACUAUGCUCAGACCUCUCAUGGAGUUUCUGGACGCAACUCUCAGCAUAUUUGCCGAUGUGUGUGAGAAAGCUGUUCUGAGGAGAAUCUUAAAGGACCUUUGGAAGAUGGUCCUCAGCAGCCUUGAAAAGACCAUAGUCUUACCACAGAGUGACGGCAGUCUGGGAGCCCAGCUCCUCACUGCUGCCAAGGGCCUCUCCAACAUGAAGGGAGGGAGCGAUCCGAAGACCCUGUCAGCCAAACAGUGUAUGAUUCUUGACACUGGACUGGAGGCCAUCAAGCAAUACUUCCACGCUGGGGGGAGCGGCCUGAAGAGGUCGGUGGUGGAGACCAGUCCUGAGGUGGCCUCUCUGCGUUACGCUCUCUCUCUCUACUCUCAGAGCACGGACGCCCUCAUCAAGACCUUCAUCACCACACAGCACGCGCAAGUGCAUGAUGGGAUGGGAAUCAGAAUCACUGCUAGUGAGAAGGCCCGCCCAGACCGGGGCUCUGGGGUGGAGAAAGCCAUCGGAGAGGCUGUGGUGCAGAUAGAUAUGGUCCCUGGGAAGGAUCGUAAGGUCAACGUCAAAGUGAUUGCGGUGAAUGACAUGAAGUGGAAGACCUCUGGGAUGUUCCGGCCGUUUGUGGAGCUGAACAUGGCCGGACCCUUCAUAGCGGACAAGAAGAGGAAGUUUGCCACCAAGUCAAAGAACAACAGUUUCACUGCCAACUUCAACGAGGCCUUUCAGUUCCUCCUGGGGAAGGAGUCCCCCGACUGCUACGAGCUGCAGCUGGCGGUGAGGGACUACUGCUUCGGCCGGGCGGACCGCCUGGUCGGCACGGCCGUGGUCCAGCUGCGGGACCUGGCCGGACGCAAAACGGCCGUGUUCUGGUGCCCCCUGGGGCCGCGUAUCCACAUGGACGAGACGGGCCUCACGGUGGUCCGCAUCCUGUCCCAGCGGCCCGCCGAUGACGUGGCCAAGGAGUUUGUUAAGCUCAAGUCUGACACGCGUCCCGUGGAGGAAGGCCGCUGAUUGUGUGUUAAGGAUGAGUGGAAACGCCUCACCGCGGUUCUGGUGGCUGCCUUUGACAGUGGGUGUCUGUCAAAGUUAACUUUAUUGUCAAUUUCAAAAUAUGUGCCAGACAUACAGAGGAAUCGAAAUUGCGUUUAUCUCUGACCCACGGUGCAAUAAGAAUAAAAGGAUAAAAUUUGGUAAAAUAAGAUAAGUACAAUUUACAAUAAUAAUAAUAAUAAUAAUAAUAAUAAUAAUAAUAAUAAUAUAAUAAAAAUGUAUUAUAUAAUAAUAUAUUAUAUAUAAUAAUAAUAAUAAUAAUAUACUUAUUUACGUUCCUUAUUGAGCAGUUCAGUCAAGUUGAUAGGGUGUAAUGUGUUGUGUUUAGGAUAGAGUAUAGAUUUGCCCAUGUUUUUCAGUGCCAGUUGGUUGGAAAUGGUUCCAAAUAUUAUAAUGUAACUUUGUGGAUGCAUAUCAAACAAAACCUUUAACGUUCACAAACAAUGACAAUGCUAUCACAGCAUAUUGUUGUGAUGGUUAAUCUAACCAAUGUGAAAGUGUGUUAUAGCUUACGUUAUAUAUUAUCUCAUGUUGAUGAUGUGCCAAAUAAUGAAAGUAUCCAUCAAUGUUCAAAUAUGUUUACUGUGGUUCUGUGAUGUGGGGUUAGGGUCUGUCUGUUGUAUUGAUGGGUUUGGGUCAGUCUUUCUGAUUUAAUCCUAACCCUUUUGAAAAUGUGUUCAAUAUACUCACACAAAAAUAUUUAUCAUUAAUAUAUCCCUUUCUUAAUCUUGAGUCCGUAUCCGUUUGGGAUUUCUAAUUUUUUGUGAAAUGGUGCAUCCUAUGCCUUGUUCUGUGAAUCCUGAUGCAAAGGGACUUAAAUAAUGUGAGAUCUAACUUUUUGUUUUGUUUACAAACUCUACUGGUAAUAUUACUCACAAUGCAAUAUUCAUAAUCCUAAACUAAAUCAUUUCGUGCAUUUCUGCAGUAGCUCGAUUUAUUUAUAUUAUUCACUCAAUAAACAAACCGAUAACCUCACGUAGCCAACAAGUAAAAUCGAAGGCACCUAAACGGGGACUGCAGUAUUCUCACCUAUCUGGACAGUAGCCUACCUGAGAACAAGAACAACGAUGGUGUAUCCAUCUGUCUGCUGCAGUGAUUCAGAGUCUCUACUAUCCUUAAGUUAACCUGUACCGUUUUCCGUCAUAGCAAUACCUCCAAAUGUGUUUCAUGGAUUAAAUAACUGGAAUACAAACUA